AGUUCUCUAGAAAUCAAAUUUUUAACCCGUUCGAAUAUUCAACCAGUUUUGGUUCAAGUUUGGUAGUGUUUUGAAUCGGAUUCAGUUUGGUUUUUUGGAUUCGGGGUUUUUGGCCAGCCCUACUAUAUAUGAUUGACAUCGAUCAUUCCUCAGUGCUCUUAUGUUAACGCUUCUAGCAUUCAUGCAUGGUUUGAUAGGAGACUCCCACUCCUCUUUCACAUUCCCGAACCUAUCAAAAUUAUCCAGCAUGUUUACGGCAAAGAUAUGAGACUUGUCCAACUUGUAGUCAUGACUAUAAGCUUCCUGCAAACAACGCAUAUACAAAAUCUUAGCUACCACUCUUGGUUUCGUCACAAACUUCCCAUAUUCAUAACAGCUCCCAUCCACGGCCCACCGAUGAGAAGGGCCAAGCUCAUUAUCUACUCCUAAACAUAUUUUUUGUUGAAAACUAUUUAGGACUCAUACUUAAAAAAACUUAAGUGAGUGUUGUUGUCGUUAAACCAUUCCCUUUUGACUCAGAUGAUCAAGUUCUGUAUGCCAAAAGUUUAUUUUAUUUUAUUUUUUUCAGUGUGGUUUGUUACAAUCUUGAGAAAUAUAGAUUUUCUUAUCUUAAUUCCUUCCAUGACGUGCACUCUGAAGCCAUGUUCAAUCUUCAACCCACCGGUUUCAGAAAGCUUCAAAUUUAAUUUUAAGAUAAAAGGAAAAUUGGUUUCUUGCAUAAAAGAAGAAAAGAAGAAGAGGAAAAUGUCUGAAAAAGGAAAUUUAAAGGUUACGAAUCAUUGUACAAGUUUCUCUAUAAAUAUAGAUCUCUUCACACAACUUCGUUCAAACAUUUUUACAUAUUCAUAUUUUCAUUCUAAACAACAAUGUAUUACGUUGAGGCUUUCAAAAGGAUGGACAAGAACAAAGAUGGGAAAAUUUCACUGGACGAAUUCUCCGAGGGGAUCCGUGCUUUCUCUCCUUCAAUAACGUCAGAACAAAUCGAUGAGCUGUUCAAAGAUCUUGACGUUGAUGGUGACGGUCAAAUCGACGUUAAAGAAUUUGCUAUGUGCUUUGUGGUUGGGCGCGACUGAAGAAAAGGCGGCUUCUAAGAAGCUGAUACUUAAUGUUCAAAGAUCGUUUGUAACUAUAUAUGAAAGUGACGGUCCGAGGGAGAGGUAAGCGAGGUCGACGUGGCCGAAGUUCCUCUCACUAGUUAUGUUUUCAUACCAUUACUGGUUUAUGUUUUUCUACCUAUACCUUUGUUGCAUUGGUUUGGGUAAAAAGCUCAUGAGGCUUGUCUCGUGAAAACUUUAUCAAAUAAGACCUAGGUCUUCGCUUGUAAUCGGUUAUGUUUUAAUUUGAAAACUCUUAAUUCAAAAAAAAAACUAUAUAUGAAAGUGAAAAUGAACAAAACAGGAUCGUGCAGUCUCCCUUUAAAAGGAAAAAAAGAGUUAUCAAAUAUUUGAUUUUAUUUUAUACCAAAUAAGAUUUGAUAAAAAUUUAAAAAGAAACCAAACCAAGCUAAAUCAUGAUUUUGAUCAUAAUACGCACAGAUAAUUGGUAAGAACACCAAAACAAACUAGAAAGAAACCGUGUGAAUAUAAGCUUCCACAUCUGGGAAUUUCACUGGGACAUAAGUAAUAUAUGACUUAUAAGUUAUAACCAAACCCAAUUUAAUCAAAAAGAAAAUUAUAUUCCUUCCACUUGAAGUAAUAAAGUGCAUCAAUGUCGUCAGCUAAAAAUACAAUAAGAAGAGAAAAAUGGAACUUUUAAACAGAACUGAAAGAAAAAGUAAUCUGAUCGUUUUUCUCUCGUUUUUGGUACUAAUGUUAAUAUAAUAAAAAGGAAACUGAUCAAACUAAGCUCGAAACAAAAAAAUAAUCCCAAAUGCAAGCACGUGAAUUAAUCUUCCUCAUAAUUCCUCUGUUUCAAUUGUUUUAAGUUUUAACCACCGCACACUUCAACUCUGUAUCCCUGUAUGUAAGUUUCAACAAGUCGACUUGUUGUGCUUCUUUCUUCUAGUUGUGUAUGUAAGAAAAAAAUUAUCCUCUACAAUAGAUUGAUUUGAUUAAAACAUAGAAAAUGCAUUUUAUAAUUUUUUAUUAUUCUCUUAUAACUCUUUCGUGUACAUUUAAAGAUUUUUAGUACUAGACUUAUGAAGAACCUUUUGGCGGGUGGUCCAAUCUGCAUUCCUCCCAAAGGUCUUUGAAGACUAACAAUAUAUCCCUGAUGUCGACCACCAAAUCAACUAGGCUCAUGCUUGUAACUUGUAAACCAUCAGUGAGAUCGAGUGAGGGAACAUUAGCAAUGCUUUUAGCAGUUUUGAAAUAAUUAAGAAAGGAGAAGCAGUUUCUGUCCUCACAUACAGUUAGUCGAGCACCUUGUGUACAUCUGUUAGCUAAGAAACAGUGUACAUGGAUUGCUUAAGCACUGCCAACCAAAACAAAUUUACAUCCGAAGGACAAGAACCACAUCAAGGCAAACUUCCAAUAGUUUAGACGUAUAGAAAUAAAUUUAUUUGAUUGUAAAUAGGACACAUCCUGUCACGAAAACUUAGGUAAUAUCUUCAAAUAAAACCUGUCAGAGAAAACCCCCAAGUCCAUAACAAAACCACUUUUAGGGGUUUAAUCAAUUAAAAUGAAUAUUAGUUUAUCCGUUCCACCUCAAAAUAUUAUUAAUUCUAAUUUGUAAAGAAUUUUUGGACUAGAAAAAAGGAAACUUUUAACAAAACAGAAAAAAAAGGAAAGUUCCAAAUGAUCCAAAGCUUAUAUAUAUCCCAUUCAUAACCGUAAGAAGCUUCACAAUUCAUUCUCUGCUUAUCUCGAUCUCUCCCUGAAUAUUCUCUUUCUGAAUUUUCCAAACAUGAUUCGUCCCAAUGUCGACUAUCACAUCAAACAUUUGAAUAUACGUCCUCCUCCUUCAUCAGGUAACUCAAUCUUCAUCAACGUCGAUACAUUAUCCGAUGGCGACAUUCAACUUGUCCCAAGCGUUCUCAUCCACAUCAGUCUCUGUAGUUUAAGUCUCCCUUACAUCCGAGACCUUAUCCAAGGUCAACUCACCAGACGCGGUUGGUUAGGCCCAGAGAUCUCAACGGCCGCAACCCAUCUUGGGUUUAGCCCCAGUGAGCUUCUUCAAGAUCCACCCGUUACCCACCGUUGGUUAUCUGAUUACUUAGCCCCACAUAUCUCUGAUCUUGCAACUGAAUUAGGUUAUGGCCGUAACGGUUUUUGUUUGUCCAUCGUUGUCAAGAUCAUUACUCAAUCCCCAUUCAAGUACAAGGUGUUGUCGAGGAUGGUUCAGCAAGGGAAGACGAACACAGAGGAGUUAAAAAGUUCUCAGAAGGAAACAGAGUCGUGUUCGAUCUGUCUCGACAAUCUCGUGUCCGAUGAUGGUUCGAGUUCGAAACGUGGUGUUCCUACACGUAUUACAUCUUCCAAUGUCUUCCAAGAUGGUGGUGCAAGAAAAGGAGAGAGAUGCCACGUCGACAUAACACGUCAGCAGAUGAGAUUAUAUAGAUGGAAUUAUCGAUAAUCAGAAAAGUAGUUUGUUAGACUUUUUAUCUUUUUUGUAAGAGCAUGAUUAAUAGGAGUUUUUAAAGGUGGAGUUCUUGGUGUAAUUUAAAAACCGGUUUUUAACUUUAACAAAGAAAAAAGUUAAGAAAUCGGUUCUUAAAUACUUAUUAUUUGAGUAUGCAUCAACUAAUCGAGAACAGAAUUUUAACAAAACUCGAGAUUUGAGUAUGCAUGGCGACCUAGAAAGUUUGAACCUUUAUUAUUUGUUAAACGGGAAAAUAGCUUAUUCCCCUACGAACUAGUUGUUCUUGGCUUUUUCACACACGAACUUUUAAACCAUGUUGAAAACCACAUCAACAAUUUUUUUUUUAAAUUCCACACACAAACUAUUGAUUUUAAUCUAAUUCCCCCAAAACCGUAAACGGUGUUAUUCAGACAGUUGAUGACGUGGCUAAUCCGGUUUAGUGGCUCUUUUAAUUUAGUUUGAUUAAAAAGAAUACAACGUCGUUUUCUUCUUCUUCUUCAGCUUUAGAAUUGGAGACAAAUCAAAAUUAGGGUUCGUGGUGUAAAGAGAACAGAGGGACUGUGAAGAGGCAAAACACGAGGAUGAGGUAAGCUGAGUCUCUUUCUCAAUGAAAUACUCAGAGUUAGGUUGUUUAGGUCUAAUUUUGAUUUGUCCUCAAUUCUAAAGUUGAAGAAGAAGAAGAAAACGAUGUCGUAUUCUUUUUAAUCAAACCAAAUUAAAAGAGCCACUAAACCGGAUUAUCCACGUCAUCACCCAGUUAACGUCUGAAUAACACGGUUUUGGAGGAAUUAGAUUAAAAUCAAUAGUUUGUGUGUGGAAUUCAAAAAAAAAAAAAUUGUUCAUGUGGUUUUCAGCAUGGUUUAAAAGUUCGUGUGUGAAAAAGUCGGGAACAACUAGUUCGUAGGGGAAUAAGCCAUUUUCCCAACCAACAGUGGAAUACAACACAAAGCUACUAACUUGCUUGUUGCCUGCACACUAAGAUAAAAAGACAGCUUCUCUGGCCGCAAGAUUUUGUUAAAAGUUUUCUUUUACCUCAAGAGAGUAGUAACUACGUAGAGGCGACCCCUGACUGAUCCUGCUGAAACCACUCAGCCGGCCACCAUGUCGGUCUAAUUGUCUCGACCUUCACGUCUUCUGACCCGUUUACCGUCAAUUCAGUGGAUGCUUUAAGGGCUUCCUCUACCCUCGUCACUCCCAUUCCUUUGCUACCCAUAUGAUGCAGGAGCUUCUACUCUUUUGGCGGUAACCUAAUUACUUGGUGUUUACGUUUUUACCUUUUCUAUUAGAUUUGGCUUUUUUAAAUGUUUUCUCUAAAUAGGAAGUUUCAAUAAUUAUGUUCUUUUUCCAAAGACGGUUUGUGUCUAAAGAUUUUCUAUAUAAGCUAGUUUUAAUGCUUAUUGUUAGACACGUUUGAUUUAAUAGAAAGA